AUGGCUCCGGAAAGAGAUAUAACGCUAUGCAAAUCUUGCAAUAAGAGCCGCCUAACAAAUGGUGUCCAAAAUUGGGUGCAGUGCGACGCUUGCAAGGAAUGGUACCACUUCGCAUGCGCUGGAGUAGACGACUCUAUUGCGCGUGUACGAUGGACGUGCAACUUGUGCAUACAUGUCGACGGCUCUUCCUCAACAUCGACGCGCGCCGCUAUACAGCCAAACGAAUCGGAAAACGCCGCACCAAACAAAGAUGCCGCCAUAUUGUUAAUGGAACCCAAUUCGAAUAAGCCGGCGGAGACAUCAUUUACUCAAACUUCAAACAACUUAAUGAUGGCGAUGCUGGAAGAAACGCGUGAAUCUGAAAGAAAAUAUAUCGAGCAGAAAAACGCAAUACUGGCACAGCAGCAGGGGAUGCAGGAAAGGCCCAUCCAAUUAUUUGGACCAACUUCAUCUCAACUAGCAGCAAGGCAAAUUCUACCAGCGGACCUGCCGACUUUCAAUGGCAACCCAGCAGACUGGCCAAUCUUCAUAAGCAUGUACGAGAACAGCAGCUCGGUAGCCGGAUUUUCGGACGCAGAAAAUAUGCUUCGGCUCCAGAAGUCUCUCAAAGGAAAGGCUUAUGAAUUGGUACGAGAUAAGCUGUUACUGCCGGCACUGGUCCCAGAGGUAAUCAACACCCUAAAAACCUUCUUUGGGCGACCGGAGCAGAUCCUUGACCGUCUGAUCGAUAAAAUUCGUAAAAUAACUGUACACAAAGACAAACUAGAGUCCCUUAUAGACUUUGCAAUGGCGGUCCGCAACGCGUGCGCCACGAUGGAGGCUUGCAACCUGUACGCACAUCUUGACAACCCAAUGCUUCUGCGUGAACUUGUUGACAAGUUGCCCACUCAACAUAAAUUAAGUUGGGCCUUGCAUCCGCGCAGUCCUUCCAUCCCUGUUGUUAAGUCAUUUAGCGACUGGAUAUAUCAUCUAGCAGAAGCCGCCUCCACAGUCAUGCCUGGACAAAACUCAUGGAGCGUGAACACUCAUACACAAGCAUUUGCCGGAGAAAAGCACCAAGCAAUGAGUGACUCCGAAGACGAUCAGCAACAAGACGCCAAACCAAACCCCGCAUGCGUCAUGUGCAACUCUACCGAACAUUACGCCGCCCAAUGCGAGAAGUUUCUAAAAUUGACAGUUCCGGAGAGACAGCGUAGAAUCAGCGAUGCCAAAGCUUGCUACAGAUGCCUGAAGACUCACCGACGUAAAUGCUUCUCCAAACGUGAUUGCGGUGUUGAUAAUUGCCAAUCGAAGCACCACCCUCUUCUCCAUAGAGACGCACCUAGGCCCGAACUCGUCAGUGCUCAUCAUAAGGAAGCAGACUUCGAAGAACAAUACUUUCGAAUUUUGCCAGUGACUCUGUAUGGAAACGGAGUAAGGAUCAACACGUAUGCGUUCCUGGAUGAGGGCUCAUCUGUGACAUUAAUCGACGAAGGAAUUCUAAAACACCUCAAAGUUUGCACAUCACCCGAACCACUCUGUUUGCAGUGGACCAGCAACACCACCCGUACAGAGGAAACGUCUUUCAAGGCCCGAAUGCAAAUAUCGGAGAUGGGGAGUGGAAGAAAAUUGUGGCUUAACAACGUACACUCAGUCAAGCACCUCGCGCUACCAAAGCAAACUGUCGAUGUAAAUAAACUCGUCGGCAGAUAUAAUCACUUACACGGAUUGCCAAUAAAAUCAUAUUAUAAUGCUGAACCGAUGCUACUAAUUGGCGCUAACAACUGGACCUUGGCUGUUCCUCGCAAAAUUCGUGAGGGAAGACGCAACGAGCCCAUCGCCUCAAAGUGUACUCUCGGAUGGAGUAUUCAAGGCACAAGCAACGCCAACAGAAAUUAUUCCUUCCAUCACUGCGUUUGCAACUGGAACGACAUCGAAAAGGCAGUAAGAGAAAGCUUCAACGCAGAUCCUAUCGCACCGCGAGAGCUCUUCUCCAAAGACGACGAAAAGGCUAAAGGAAUUCUGGAGGAAACAUGCAAGAAAGUAAACGGUAGAUAUCAAAUUGGCUUGCUCUGGCGAGACAAGAAUUUAAUUCUCCCAGAGAGCUACUCAACCGCACUUAAACGCCUCGAAUGCCUAAGACAGAAAAUUAACAAAAAUCCAGAACUAUUUGACCAAAUUCAAAAUCAGAUUGACAACUUAGUCGUAAAAAACUACGCGAUCGAACUGCAACCCGCAGAUAUAGCUGAGGACACAAACCGUGUAUGGUACCUCCCUAUAUUUAUCGCACUAAAUCCAAACAAGCCAAAUAAAAUAAGACUAGUUUGGGACGCAGCUGCAAAGAGCCACGGCAAAUCCCUCAAUGACUUUAUGCUAAAUGGACCGGAUUAUUUAAACUCGCUAACCGAAGUCCUAAUGGCAUUCAGAGUGGGCCGUAUAGGCGUGUGCGCGGACAUCGCUGAGAUGUUCCACCAAAUUAUCAUCCAGCAGAGCGACAUGCAUGUUCAACGAUUUUUGUGGCUUCAUAAGAAUAAUAAAACUCCACGUAUAUUCGUCAUGCGUGCAAUGACAUUUGGUAUCUGCUGCGCGCCCUGCAUUGCUCAUUAUGUACGUGACAAAAACGCGCAGGAGUUCAAAGAUCAGUGUCCCCGAGCUUUCGAGUCUAUAACAGAGGCUCAUUAUGUGGACGAUCUCAUAGACAGCUACACCGACGACUCUGAGGCGAUCGCAGUAACCACAAAAGUCCGUGACAUCCAUGCUGAGGGAGGCUUCACUAUUAGAAAUUGGAUCUCAAACUCUACCGCCAUCCUAAAGCAUUUUGGAGAGCGCCAAAUAGACGAGCAGAACCCCAAAGAGCUUGGAGACCCCGAGAAGGUUCUCGGUAUGUAUUGGGAACCCUCGAACGACGUUUUUAAGUAUACUUUCAGAUUUGCGAGACUUAAAAGAGACGUACUAAACGGAGAAACUGUACCAACAAAACGUGAAGCCCUACAAGUUCUGAUGUCCAUUUUCGAUCCUUUGGGCCUGCUAUCAUGUUACACAAUCGGUCUUAAAAUGCUACUGCAGAAAGUAUGGCGUGCAGGCAUAGACUGGGACGAGGAAUUACCCGACACUUUACUCGGAUCAUGGCGACAAUGGAAAACUGUCCUUCUUCAAGCUGCUAAAUUGGAAUUUCCUCGCUUCUACUCAACUCUGCUACCGAAUGCUGACCAGAUUGAUUUGCACACAUUUGUAGAUGCGAGCGAGUACGCCUACGCAGCAGUUGCGUAUCUUCGUAUCAAGCAGGGAGCCGAUAUCGACACAGUCCUAGUAGCAGCUAAAUGUAAGGUUGCCCCGCUAAAGCCAGUUUCAAUACCACGCAUGGAACUCCUGGCAGCAGUAAUGGGAGUGAACUUAGCCAAAAAAGUUAUUAAUAUUAGAAGGCUCAACAUUAACUCAAGCACAUACUGGUCAGACUCAAAAACAGUACUGCAGUGGCUGGAUAUGGACCCUCGAAAAUUUCAAGCCUUUGUCAUGCAUAGAGUUGGGGAGAUAAUAGAUCACACAAGUCGAGCUCAAUGGCGCUGGAUACCGACCAAGGAAAAUGUUGCAGACUCAGCCACAAAGUUUAUCAAAUCUCCUAACGCUAAUCGCUGGUUAAAAGGUCCCCAGUUCCUAGCCAAGCCAGAAAACGAAUGGCCAGAACAAGACAUUACUCUCGAAAGUGGCGAACCGACGGAGCUACGUAAGCAUGUCUUCAUUAUAAACCAACUAAAGCAUUUUGAUUUUGCAGAGGAAUACUUUUCUGACUGGAGACGCCUGUAUAGAGCCGUGGCAACCUUUAUGCUAUACAUUAAAAGAAUACGCGCUAAAUGUCUUGGAAAUCCACUGCCAAAAACUUUAGACCCCGAAAUCAUAAGCAAAGCGAAGUCGUGGAUAUAUAAACAGGCACAAUCUAGGACAUACUAUGCCGAAAUCACUGCUCUCAAAAAUAACACGGCCGUGAACAAAUCAAGUCCUUUGAUUGCUCUGAAUGUCUACUUGGAUGAGGAAGGCGUGCUACGUGUUCAGGGAAGAAAAUAUAACAUAAAUCCUGACGAUGCUGUCGUUCUGCCAAAGAGGUCUCGAAUUGCAUUUUUGAUCACGAAAGAUUUCCAUGAAAAAUCACAUCACAUAAUGCACGAAUCGACAAUAAAUAUCAUAAGAAACGACUUCUACAUACCUCGUCUACGAGUGCUGUAUAAAACAGUUCGGAAGGCCUGUCAAAAAUGCAAAAUCGCCACAUCCAGGCCCGAAGUACCUCAAAUGGCUGCAAUACCAGCCGCACGACUAGCCUCCUUCGAGAGACCCUUUACAUACACAGGAGUUGACUACUUUGGUCCCAUACUAGUUAACGUCGGCAGACACAAGGAAAAACGAUGGGGAGUCCUCUUUACAUGCCUGACACUGAGAGCCGUACAUAUAGAAGUGGCCUAUAAACUUGAUGUAAGCUCGUGUAUAAUGUGUCUUCGAAAUUUCAUGACACGUCGCGGGACUCCAAAAGAAAUCUUCUCCGACAACGGAACCAACUUUAAAGCAACUGAGAAGAUGGUGAAAGAAGAACUCAAAAAGAUUGACUUUGACGAAAUCACUAUAAAGUAUGAGGCGAUUAAAUGGCACUUCAACCCACCAGCGGCACCGCAUAUGGGAGGUGCUUGGGAGCGACUCGUCAGAUCAGUUAAGACUGUUUUGAAAUCAAUCUGCCCAACUAGUAACUUCAAUGACGAGACCCUUCGAACAGCUCUUAUGGAAGCAGAAAACGUCAUCAAUUCUAGACCACUAACCUUUGUCUCUUUAGAUUCAGGCGACGACGAAGCGCUCACCCCAAAUCAUUUACUUCUGGGAUCGACGAGCGGCUAUAAGCGCAUGGCAGACGACAACACCGAUCUAAGGCUGCGUUGGCAACAGACUCAACUAUUCGCGGACAAGUUCUGGAGCCGCUGGGUGAAGGAAUUCACCCCAGACUUGACCAGACGUAGCAAGUGGUUCACCAAACGUCCCCCAAUAGCUAUCGGCGACAUUGUUAUAGUAGUCGACGAUCAACUUCCAAGGAACAUGUGGCCCAAAGGACGCAUCACUGAAGUAGUGACGGCCAAAGAUGGCCAAGUUCGACGAGCUACAAUUUGGACACCGAAAGGAAUCAUGGUCCGCCCAGUGGCCAAGAUUGCUAUCCUAGACGUCGGCCUAAAAGACGGUGAAGAUCCGAAGGACGUUCACGGGGGGGGGAAUGUUACCGCCAUAAAAUAG